AUUUUAUAUUGAUGUAUCUCAACGAGGUUCACCCCAAAUAUAUUUACUUACACACUCAGUAGAUCCAUAUCGCAGAGUGCAGGAUAUAAUCACACCUAAAACUCUGAAGUAUACUGCGAAGAAUAGUCGUAUGGUGUUUAUAUACACUAAGGUACGAUUCGCAAGGGUCUUAUUGAACUGAUAUUGUGAACGGGUUGACCGCGAACUUGGGUUGAUUGCCAAAUUGGAUUGUCAGAAAUAAGUCUUGCAUGUAGACUAGCGGUUGCUGGUCAGCCACGUACGUAGUUAUAGCACGUUGUGAUAUGAAGCAUACAUUACCAGGGAGUUAAAUCCUCAAAAACGUAACGCUAUCUCUGUAGUGUGUUAUCUAGGACACCUGGAUACGAGACAAUAAUUUAGAAUCAACCGCGAACCAUACGAAGUUUACACUGAAUAUAGUUACUUUCAGUGUACAGUACACAAUAUACCUAAUAUAUAAGUACCACCUCAUUGCACCAAGAUGGGCAAUCACCACUCGCGUGCCAAGGUUCCUGGUAACCAGCAAAUGCCUGGCAGUCACCACUUCGCUGCAGGCCACCACCUUGGCAGCACUGGCAAAGCUACACGCACAGUAGAGACUAAACCCGACAAGCUGAGAAACAAUCGCUCAGAUACAAAUAGAAGUCGUACGAGUCUGAAUGCAAAUGUAGGAGAUGUUGAUACUAAGGAGAGUGUGCAGGAGAGCUUGUCCGAGGCGCUCUGCGAUGACCUGGGGACUCCAGACGACUUCCAGCUACGACAUA